AUGGAUACUUUGCAACAUACCCAGAUCGUCCAUCCUCAAGAUUCAUUCGCACUGGGCGGGUGUAUGGAUCCCCAUUCACCCCAUGCAGGAAACGACAUGAACGAUUCAUCUGGAAUGACUACAGCUCCUCCACUGGACAGGGAUUUACACGGAUCCGCCAGUGAGCCGACAUCGGAUCUUCAACCGCCAUCAAGUCCUCCUGCCUUAUCAGCGGCUACGAAGGAAAAUCCUGUCACCGAAACCAAGAUAAUCGAUCGCGAGUCUUUUACGGAAGACGAACGGCGUCACAACCGGGAAUGGUUUGGUGACCGACCAUCCCGAACCCCGGAACGUUACAUGAGAAUCCGUAACCAUAUCCUGGACAGUUGGCAGACCAGUUGUCCAAACUACAUUACCAAAUCCGCGGCACGCAAAAAUUUGCAAGAGAAUGUCGAUGUGAAUGCGGUGGGUCGCAUUCACGCUUAUCUGGAAAAGAUUGGCGCCAUCAAUGUCGGAUGUGCACCCACCACCCGCGUGCGAAGACCUGUCCAACGUACGCCCCGUAAAGUGUAUGUUUACAGCGAUGAAGAAGAGAUCGAAAGAGCCACCAAUAAGGGAUCCCGUAAACGAAGACUCGGUGCUCAACUUGGUUAUUGGGGCAACUCGGAGGAAUUCCAAUCAAGACGUGUCGUGCGACGUCCCCAACCCAUUUACCAGGGUGGCCAAGUAUUCGCCGAUGGCUAUGAUCCAUUUCAGCUCGUCCCUGUAGAGUAUUACGAUGACCAUUAUCCGGCCCCUUUUACGGUUGAAGUGGCUACCGACGCUCUGCUGGUGAUGGAUUUUCAUUCUCACUUGGCUUAUACCGAGAUUAUUGGUCUGAUGGGUGGUACGUUUCAUACAAGGGACAAUGGCACGAAAGUUAUUUCCAUCAAAUGUGUGUUUCCUUGUCGUAGCACAAGCACUGGUAUCCAGUGUGAAAUGGAUCCCGUGUCGGAAAUGCAAGCGCGAGAGGUUUUUGAGCAAAAGGGGCUCACGGUUGUAGGAUGGUACCAUUCACAUCCCACCUUUGAACCGCAUCCAAGUGUGCGUGACAUUGAAAACCAAGCGUCGUAUCAGACCUUGUUCCGUGACAAGUCGACGGGCGAUGAACCUUUUAUCGGUGUCAUUGUGACGCCUUAUGACCCUGAAGUGGCCAGUAACUGCUCCAAAAUUCAAUACCUCCACAUCAGUCGUCGUUGGGAUACCAGCAAUUCCUAUCGUAUUCCCUAUGCAUGCCAAAAGCAGGUUAUGGAAACGCUUUACAGCAAGGAAGAGGUGCUUCGUCAGUUACACGAUCUGGUGGAAGAAUACAAGGACUAUGAACACAAAAUUGAUAUGAAUUUGUUAUACGGCGCUCAACGACGGCUUGGCAAAUUAUUGGAAGCUUUGAAUGCCCACAUUGUCAUGCCGGCCAGUGAAAAAAUGGCUUUCCUGAAACAAGUGGAAACCAUGAUGAUUCACCGGUUCAUGAUGGAGAACCCAUCGUGCGAAAAUCAAAUGCCGACCAUCGACCCAACCGCCAUGCCGGAUAUGCAGAGAAAGGAAUUGAGGCUGGAUUCUCUGGCUGUAUAA